UCGUUGUUAUGUCAAUAAUAUUUAUUUUUCGUUAUUACUUCAAGGACGGACUAGCAUGUUUCUGCAGUAGUCCUGCGAGAAAUAGGGUGUAUUUGCAAGUGUUGAAACGGUCAAUCAUGAAUAAUAUUACCAACAUACAUUACGGUCCGUUGCCGGCAGAUUCACCAUACGUGAAACCAUUCCGCUUCCACUACACGCAAAACGGGAAGCAAAAGUCGUGGGAUCUGUUGAAGGUGCACGAUUCGGUUUCAAUCGUUAUUUUUAACAUUACCCGGAAGAAGCUGGUUUUCGUGAAACAAUUCCGACCUGCCGUAUACCAUGGCAUCAUCAGCAGCGAUGGAGUGGAACCGGGCGACAUCGAUAUGGCGAAAUAUCCACCGGAAAUUGCCGUCACGAUGGAAUUGUGUGCGGGCAUUAUCGACAAACCUAUAUCGAUAGUUGAAAUCGCGCGCGAGGAAAUUUUGGAAGAAUGUGGCUACGAUAUUCAAGUGGAUCGUAUCGAAGAAAUUAUUCGUUAUCGUUCCGGUGUCGGAACAUCCGGUGCGGAGCAAACGUUGUUCUACGCGGAGGUUACCGAUGCGGAUAAAGUUCCUGCUGCCGGUGGUGGUGUAGACGAUGAAAUGAUUGAUGUCGUCGAAUACAGUUUGGAGGAAGCGCGAAAGCUGACGGAAAAGGGAACGGUGAUAACUAGCCCUCCAUCGUUUCUGUUUGGUGUGCUCUGGUUUUUUAUGAACAGGGCGCCAAAGAACUAAUCUACUGUGAUAUAGUGACACCUACAGAUGCAUCCAUAGGAUGCCGAAUUUGCGAAAGCAAAUAAAAUGUAAUGCUUCACAUUCUCCUUCCAGAGCA